AUGGCCUCUUGCGGGCUUAAAGAAUUGACGCUAAAAACCCUCUUUCUGGUGGGCAUCACUUCGGCACGGAGAGUGUCGGAGUUGAGGGCUCUUUCGGUGGAUAAGGAGUUGUGUACCUUUCAUAAUGAAAAGGUGGUUCUGAGACCGGACCCAUCUUUUGUUCCUAAGAUGUGGGGACCGUCUUUGAAGAUGGAAGUGGAGGUCUCUGAGGAGGAAGGGUCUCCCUUGGAGGAAGAGCAGAAGGCGCAGGCCCAGGAGCGUGCCCAAGAGGCCCUCUCACAUGGCAGUGAAGAGACGUUCGAGGAGGUGGCUGUGUUUUUCACCGAGGCUGAGUGGGCCCUGCUGGAUCCAGACCAAAGAGGUCUCUACAGGGAAGUCAUGCUGGAGAACUACAGGAAUGUGGCCUCUUGCUCAGAGUGUGGAAAGAUAUUCAGUGCGAAUUCCAGUCUUCAAAAGCAUAUAAGAACCCACACAGGGGAGAAACCAUAUGAAUGCUCAGAGUGUGGAAAGAGAUUCAGUCAGUGUAGCAGUCUUCAGUAUCAUCAAAGAACCCACACAGGGGAGAAACCAUAUGAAUGCUCAGAAUGUGGAAAGAGAUUCAGUCAGUGUCGCAAUCUUCAGCAGCAUCAGAGAACCCACACAGGGGAGAAACCUUUUGAAUGCUCAGAGUGUGGAAAGAGAUUCGGUCACUGUAGCAGUCUACAGUAUCAUCAAAGAACCCACACAGGGGAGAAACCUUUUGAAUGCUCAGAGUGUGGAAAGAGAUUCAGUCUGAAAUACACUCUUCAAAAGCAUCUAAGAACCCACACAGAGGAGAAACCUUUUGAAUGCUCAGUGUGCGGAAAGUCAUUCAGUCAGUGUGGCUAUCUUCAGUAUCAUCAAAGAAACCACACAGGGGAGAAACCAUUUGAAUGCUCAGAGUGUGGAAAGAGAUUCAGUGCAAAUGGUGGUCUUCAACAGCAUAAGAAAACCCACACAGGGGAGAAACCUUUUAAAUGCUUAGAGUGUGGAAAGAAAUUCAGUGUGAGUAGCAAUCUUCAACAGCAUAAGAGAACCCACACAGGGGAGAAACCUUUUGAAUGCUCUGUGUGUAGAAAGAGAUUCAGUCAGUGUCGCAGUCUUCAGCAGCAUCAGAGAACCCACACAGGGGAGAAACCUUUUGAAUGCUCAGAGUGUGGAAAGAGAUUCAGUGUAAGUGGCAGUCUUCAAAAUCAUCUAAGAACACACACAGGGGAGAAACCUUUUGAAUGCUCAGUGUGCAGAAAGAGAUUCAGUCAGUGUCGCAGUCUUCAGCAGCAUCAGAGAACCCACACAGGGGAGAAACCUUUUGAAUGCUCAGAGUGUGGAAAGAGAUUCAGUUUGAGUGCCACUCUUCAGCAGCAUCAGAAAACUCACACUGGUGAGAAACCUUUUGAAUGCUCAGAGUGUGGAAAGAGAUUCAGCCGCAGUGGCUAUCUUCAAAAGCAUAAGAGAACCCACACAGGGGAGAAACCUUUUGAAUGCUCAGAGUGUGGAAAGAGAUUCAGUCAGUGUUACAUUCUUCAAAAGCAUCUAAGAACCCACUCAGGGGAGAAACCUUUUGAAUGCUCAGAGUGCGGAAAGACAUUCAGUCAGUAUGGCCAUCUUCAGUAUCAUCAAAGAACCCACACAGGGGAGAAACCGUUUGAAUGCUCAGAGUGUGGAAAGAGAUUUAGUGUGAAUUCCAGUCUUCAGUAUCAUCAAAGAACCCACACAGGGGAGAGACCGUUUGAAUGCUCAGAGUGUGGAAAGAGAUUCAUUGCAAAUGAUGGUCUUCAGUAUCAUCAGAGAACCCACACAGGGGAGAAACCGUUUGAAUGCUCAGAGUGUGGAAAGAGAUUCAGUGUGAAUUCCAAUCUUCAAAAGCAUCUAAGAACCCACACAGGAGAGAAACCUUUUGAAUGCUCAGAGUGUGGAAAGAGAUUCAGUAGGAAUGGCAGUCUUCAGAGGCAUCAGAGAACCCACACAGGGGAGAAACCUUUUGAAUGCUCAGAGUGUGGAAAGAAAUUCAGUGUGAAUUCCAAUCUUCAAAAACAUCUAAGAACUCACACAGGGGAGAAACCUUUUGAAUGCUCAGAGUGUGGAAAGAGAUUCAGUAUGAAUUCCAGUCUUCAGCUGCAUCAGAGAACCCACACUGGGGAGAAACCUUUUGCAUGCUCAGAGUGUGGAAAGAGAUUCAGUAUGAAUUCCAGUCUUCAGCUGCAUCAGAGAACCCACACUGGGGAGAAACCUUUUGAAUGCUUAGAGUGUGGAAAGAGAUUUAGUAACAGUGGCAAUCUUCAAAGGCAUCAAAAAACCCUGGAAGUAACCCAAGAGAAGGGAAAGGAGAUGGAAGAGCAGGACCCAGAAGAACCUGGAACGGGAAAGAGAGAAAGCAAAGGCCGCAAACCUACCCUAGCUGGGAGUGGUGUUGGAUUCUGGGACAGCCCUGAGCCAGAGGUCUGUUAUCAGGUCACGGCGAACUCAGAGGAAUAUCGCCAGCAUUUCCGGCAAUUCAGCUACCAUGAGUCUGAUGGGCCCCGAGAGAUGUGGGGACCAUCUGUGAAGAUGGAAGCGGAGGUCUCUGAGGAGGAAGGGUCUCCCUUGGAAGAAGAGCAGAAGGCGCAGGCCCAGGAGCGUGCCCAAGAGGCCCUCUCACACGGGGGCCUUUUGCUCCUGCAGUUGCUGCUCAUGUGUCUGAGCGAGAGGGGCUCUGAAGGCUGCUCCCUUUACCCCCCUGGCAAGCUCUCCAUCCUGCACCAGCCCAGAAUGCCCCUGUCCAGAAAAGCAGGGAUGUACAAGAGGCUGCAGUGGAGACAGACGAAGGGCUGGAGAGUCUCUCAAGAGGAUCUCAACACAAUAUUCCCUUCCCGAGGGAACUGGCUGCCACAGGAGAUGUUGAAGAGCCAGUUGGGGAAUUUCAUGGGUUCCCACUGGAAAAAGCCAAGACUGAACAAGCUGAAGGAAACUUCGAGAACAGCGAUGAACCACAGAGGCAGGAAGGAAAUUGUACAGCAAAAUGGGGAGUUAAGACCAUUCCUUGCCAAGGAAGCAGCUUCCAUGAAAACCCAGUCUCCAGCCGUCACCAACGGACUCUUUCAGGAGUGA